CAUCGCAUAGAUAAUAAGCUUAUAGCUAUGGCUACUCGAAGAUCUCUUGUUUUAGGAAUGCUUAUGAUAAGCUUACUGUGUUCUCCACAGUCAGCAGUAGGAGAUGACAUUCCAGAUGAUUUUAAUAGCACUUAUUUUCCUACUGGUUUCUAUUUUGGAUCUUCCACUUCUGCUUACCAGAUUGAAGGGCAAGCAAACAAGAAGUGCAGAGGACCCAGUAUGUGGGAUACAUUUGCCCACAAUUAUCCAGAGAGGAUAGCUGAUGGUAGCAAUGGCGAUGUGGCAGAUGAUUUCUACCACCAUCACAGGCAUGAUAUUCAAUUGAUGGCCGGUAUGGGUCUGAAUUCUUUCAGAUUGUCGAUUUCGUGGUCAAGGGUAAUACCUAGUGGGAGGAUCAAAGAAGGAGUGAACGAGGAAGGAAUACGAUUCUACAAUAGGGUUAUCAAUGAAACAAUAGCGCGAGGGUUGGAGCCUUUUGUGACUAUUUUUCAUUGGGAUGUUCCUCAAGCCCUAGUAGACAGCUACGGUGGCUUCUUAAGCCGUGCCAUAGUGGAGGAUUAUAAAGAUUUUGCAGAGCUUUGCUUCCAAAAGUUUGGGGAUCGAGUGAAAUAUUGGAUAACCGUAAAUGAACCAUGGACUUUCUCCUUAUAUGGUUAUGACCAGGGUACUUUGGCCCCCGGCCGAUGUUCAUCUUGGGUGAACAAAGCAUGUCAAGCUGGAAAUUCAGCAACUGAGCCUUACAUAGUUAACCAUAAUCUCAUUUUUGCUCAUGCAACUGCUGUCCGACUCUAUAGGGAAAAAUUUCAGGCAACGCAAAAUGGGAAGAUCGGUAUGACACUUGUUACCUUCUGGUAUGAACCCUAUAACUCUUCGGACUAUGCUGAUCAGGAUGCAGCUAAAACAGCCAUAGAUUUUAUGUUCGGUUGGUUCAUGGACCCUGUGACAUACGGUCAGUACCCGAGAAGCAUGCAAAAGCUAGUUGGACGUCGAUUACCAAAGUUUGUGGGCAAUGAAGCUGAAUUCGUGAAAGGAACAUAUGAUUUUCUUGGAUUAAACUACUACACUGGAUAUUAUGCUUCUGCUAAUUUUACUGCUGAUCCUAAUCCGGAUCAUAUUAGUUAUUCGACCGACAGUCAUGUCACUGUAACGCCUUAUAGAAAUGACAUACCCAUUGGUAACGCAACUGCGGUUAGUUGGCUAUAUGUCUAUCCAGAAGGUGUUCGGUACCUUUUGAAUUAUACUAAAGAUACCUACAAAAACCCAGAUAUCUACAUUACUGAAAUUGGUCUAGGUGAGGCCAAAAAUGAAACAUCACCAGACAAUCUGGAAGAUCCUUGGAGGAUAGAUUAUUAUAAAUCUCAUCUCUGGAAUAUUCUUGGAUCUAUUGACAAUUACACGGUUCCGGUAAAAGGGUUCUCUAUGUGGUCAUUUAUGGACAACUAUGAGUGGGGAAGUGGUUAUACUUUGAGAUUCGGAUUGUUCUAUGUAGACUACGAGAAUAAGUUGGCCCGACUUCCAAAAGCAUCAGUCAAUUGGUUCAAGAAUUUCUUCAAUGUAGGAUCCCCUAAAUCGGGCUCUAUUAAGAUCAACCCUUUGCCCAUCAAUGUCACAGAUGCUUAGUUAAUAGGCUCUACUAUGAGUCUUUUUAUUUGAAGUUUGGCUUUAUGAGAGUGAGUUUGUUUUUGGUUAUGUAUUAUGGAGCUUACGUUAAGAGUGUAAGAAGAGUCUUAAGUUAGUAUUAAGUUUGUGUGCGUGCGAGACUAUCUUUAAGUCUUGUGAUCUUGAAUAAAUAAUAUAAGCCUACUGCUGCUUGUUUUGUGUCAAA